AGCUCCGAGUAACUUGGAUUCGAUUUCUCCAUUGAAAAUUCGUAGUUUAUCAAGUUGACUUAAAAAGAGGAUUCUUCUUUUGUUUUGGUCAUAAGGCGGAAAAGUAAUAUAAUAUACAAAAUACAAUCUUCUUUUUGUUUUCCACAUCCAUCAUCUGUUUGCAAGGAUGCAGACCCAACUAGUAUCAUGCCUGCUUAUUAUUUCCCAGCUCUUCCGUUUCUGCCAUGCCGAUGUUGGCACUGCUGCCCAGUACACCCCACCAUAUCUACCGACAGCGUGCUACGGUGAUGAUCAAACUCAGUUUCCAUCAAGCAAUUUGUUCGCAGCAGCUGGCGAUGGGAUAUGGGACAAUGGAGCAUCGUGCGGGAGACAAUACCUGGUACGAUGCAUCAGUGCGUCGCGACCAGGGACUUGUGCUCCCGACCAGACGAUCCAGGUCAAGAUUGUCGAUUACGCUCCUACUGCACAGUCUCAGCCUUCGACUCCAUCCACCACCAUCGUCCUGUCCGAGACAGCUUUUAGUGGGAUUACCAACAUGGCUAUUGACUCCAUCAACAUAGAAUUCCAACAAAUUUGAGGAUAUGGAAGGGUCUAAGUCUCUUACAUGGCUUCCUGCGUUCAAGAAGAAAAUAAACCUAUAUUUUUGUGUAGGAUAUGGAAUGUACUUGAUAUUUACUUUUGUUGUGGGGCGUCGACUCCUAAUACGUUCUGUACUGUAUUUUCUGUUGUCUGUCUGUGCACCAUUUUUUUUUUUGAAUGUAAAGAGAGAGGACCUAUAAAGCCUAGAAAAACAAUUCAACUAGAAUCCAUGCCUGCUUCGACAUGAAGAAUGGCUGUCACUGCAGUCGGGGGGGUCUGGAAAACAAGCGUUUCACCCAGGUGAUUCCAUGCAAUUUUUGCCAGGCAGUCGGCUGCUGUAUUAGCCUCUCGCGGUACAACAUAAAACUUGAGCUCCCAAUCACGUUGCAGCAAAUUGUGAAUGUGCGGUUCAAGUGAAGAGGUUCCAUGAUAAGCUAGGUCUUUAGUAAUUACUGCAAGAGUUUCUUUACUAUCAACUUCAAUCCAAAGCUUUCGGAUGCCUUCCUCCCAUGCUAUGCGAAGGCCUUCAUAAACGCCCCAUAACUCCGAGUCCAAGAUGGAGCAGCGGCCAAGAUGCUUCAAAAAACCGAGCAUCCAACUGCAGAAAUGCAGCUUGUGCACCAUUAAUCUCGAGAUUUUUUUUAUUCAUUAGAGUAAUAUGACAAGUUGAGAAACUAUGGUUUAAUGAUAUUCCAUUAAAUUAAUUCUUAA